GGGGGAGGAGCUUUGCAUGUGGACGUUUCCGGUAUUGAGUUGUUGUUUGACAGAAGGGGACCCGAGGUUCAGCGCAAUUUGUUCAUGGACCAGUUGUGUGAAGUGCCACUGUUAGAAUGGGACAAAGCACUCCGGGACCAGAGUCCCAGGAACCACCAGAGGAGGGAAAUGGAAAUAUAAAGUCGUUUGUGGAGGACCAGCUUCAGACCAGCAUGAUGGUGGGAAUAGUGCUUGGUGCCGGCAUCUCCAUCAUCCUCAUCGCCACCUUCAUCUUCUUCGUGCUGCGUAGGAUUCACCUUCGGAACCUAGCGGCUCAAGAAGCCCCCAAAUACCGCUUCCGCAAAAGAGACAAGGUUUUAUUCUAUGGCAGGAAAAUCAUGAGGAAAGUCUCUCAGUCCACUUCAUCUUUAGUCGGAACGUCCUCAUCCUCUUCCUCCCGUCCAAGACUGAAGAAGAAGCAGAAGAUGCUCAACAUUGCCAAAAAGAUCCUGCGCUUUAAGAAGGAGGUGCCCACAUUGCAGAUGAAGGAGCCUCCUCCCUCAGUGCUAGAGGCAGAUCUCACAGAGUUUGAUGUAGCCAACUCUCAUCUUCCCUCUGAAGUGCUCUACAUGCUCAAGAACGUGCGUGUAUUGGGCCACUUUGAGAAGCCAUUGUUUCUGGAGCUGUGUAAGCACAUGGUGUUCCUGCAGUUCCAGCAGGGCGAGUACGUCUUCAGACCCGGACAACCAGACAGCAGCAUCUAUGUAGUGCAGGACGGCAAACUGGACCUGUGUCUCACAGGACAGGAUGGGAAGGAUGGAGUGGUCAAAGAGGUGUUUCCAGGAGAUUCGGUUCAUAGUCUAUUGAGCAUUCUUGACGUUAUCACUGGUCACCAGAGGCCGUAUCGGACCGUGUCUGCCAGAGCUGCAGAAGUGUCCACAGUCCUCCGUCUGCCUGUUGAGGCUUUUCUGUCCAUCUUUGAGAAAUACCCAGAGAGUUUAGUGCGAGUGGUGCAGAUCAUCAUGGUAAGGCUGCAGAGAGUGACAGUUCUGGCAUUGCACAACUACCUAGGUCUCACUAAUGAGCUCUUCUGCCAUGAGACGCAGCCACUGCGUUUACCCGUUCUCUCACCACACGCCAGUCGCACCAGCCCUGUACGCCACAGCAAACGCUUCAGCAGCCUCACUGUGCCAGAGGACCAGCGGGAAGCCGCCGUCCGAGACGCCAACGCAGUGGAUCAUGGGAAGGAAGGCAGCACCAUCCCGACCCUGAGCAGGGCUAUCUCCAUGCCUGUGGACAUUGCUGGUAUGCAAAAGAGCCUGCGUUCGGAUUUCGACAUGGCAUAUGAAAGGGGCCGCAUUUCUGUGUCUGCCGAGGAUGGAACACCUGCAGCACCCACGUUCUCACGGGACCAGCGAGAGAGAAAGGUAACAGUAGAUGAGGUGCCAUCAGGUGUGUACUUAUACCCCGAGGAGGAAGUGGGCACAGAGAACGUUUAUGGUCCGUUGCCAGGACGACCUAAUGCCACCCUGUUUGAGGAGGCUCAGAAAGAGUUCCUGAAAUUAAUGAAAAUCGAGGACCCUGCACUACUGAACGGACGAGUGACCUUGCAUCAUGCCAAAGCAGGCUCCGUCCUGGCCAGACAGGGAGACCAGGAUGUGAGUCUUCAUUUUGUGUUGUCUGGAUGCUUGCACGUGUAUCAGCGCAUGAUCGACAAGCAGGAGGACGUUUGCUUGUUCGUGACGCAGCCUGGUGAGAUGGUGGGUCAGCUGGCCGUGCUGACCGGAGAGCCGCUCAUCUUCACUGUCCGUGCCCUUCGCGACUGCACCUUCCUCAGGAUCUCCAAAUCGGAUUUCUAUGAGAUCAUGAGGGAGCAGCCCAGUGUGGUCCUGAGUGCCGCUCACACUGUGGCCAUCCGCAUGUCUCCAUUCGUAAGGCAGAUGGAUUUUGCCAUAGACUGGAUGGCUGUGGAGGCUGGACGCGCUCUCUACAGGCAGGACGAUCAGUCAGACUGCACCUACAUCGUGCUGAACGGUCGUCUGCGCUCCGUCAUCCGGAAGGCGAACGGAAAAAAGGAGCUAGUAGGAGAGUAUGGUAGAGGAGAUCUCAUUGGAGUGGUAGAGGCUUUGACCCGGCAGCCUCGUGCGACGACUGUUCACGCAGUCCGAGACACAGAACUGGUGAAACUUCCAGAAGGAACAUUAAACAACAUCAAGAGACGUUAUCCUCAGGUUGUUACUCGACUGAUCCAUUUGUUGGGACAGAAAAUUUUAGGAAACCUUCAGCAGCCCCGUGGACCUUUAGGUUCAGCUUUGGGUUUGCCCAGCAUGGCAUCCAGCCCUGAUGUCACCAAUCCAGCCAGCAACCUCUCCACUGUGGCUGUACUUCCUGUUUGUGACGAAGUGCCAAUCAAUGCCUUUAACCUGGAGCUCAAUCAUGCGCUAAGUGCCAUAGGACCCACUUUACUGCUGACGAGUGAUAUUAUCAGAGAGAGACUUGGAGCUUCUGCUUUAGAAAGCAUUCACGAGUACAGGUUGUCAGGCUGGUUGGCCCAGCAGGAGGACAUCAAUCGUAUAGUUCUGUAUCAGACUGACAGCAGUAUGACUCCAUGGACCCAGCGCUGUAUCAGACAAGCAGACUGCAUCCUUAUUGUUGGCCUCGGAGACCAGGAGCCCAGUCUUGGUCAGCUGGAGCAGAUGUUGGAGAACACGGCAGUGCGGGCUCUGAAGCAGCUGGUCCUGCUACACCGUGAAGAUGGCCCAGGUCCCUCUAGAACUGUGGAGUGGCUGAACAUGCGUAGCUGGUGUUCUGGUCACCUUCAUCUCAAAUGCCCACGUCGAGUGUUCUCACGCAGGAGUCCCACCAGACUUAGAGAGGUGUAUGAGAAAAUGUUUGAGAAGACGGCAGACAGACACAGCGAUUUCUCCCGUCUGGCUCGAGUCCUCACAGGAAACAGCAUUGCUCUGGUACUAGGAGGAGGAGGAGCAAGGGGCUGCUCGCAUGUUGGCGUUAUCAAAGCUAUGGAGGAGGCAGGGAUUCCUAUCGAUUUAGUGGGUGGAACAUCUAUUGGCUCGUUCAUCAGUGCACUGUACUCCGAGGAGAGGAGCGCUGUUCGGGUGAAGCAGAGAGCAAGAGAGUGGUCUAAGGCGAUGAACUCUGUGUUUAAAACUGUGCUCGAUCUAACCUAUCCCAUCACCUCCAUGUUCUCUGGCUCCGCCUUCAACACCAGCAUUUCCAACGUGUUUGAAGACAAGCAAAUAGAGGACUUGUGGUUGCCUUAUUUCAACGUAACCACUGACAUCACAGCAUCUUCAAUGCGGGUGCAUAAAGAUGGCUGUGUGUGGCGCUAUGUUAGAUCCAGUGCCUCCUACACCCCCUAUUUACCUCCGCUCUGCGAUCCCAAGGAUGGCCACCUCCUCGUGGAUGGUUGCUAUGUAAACAAUGUCCCAGCGGACAUUGCUCGCAAUAUGGGAGCCAAAACGGUCAUCGCUAUUGAUGUGGGCAGCCAGGAUGAAACUGACCUAUGUAACUAUGGUGACAGUCUGUCUGGCUGGUGGUUGCUGUGGAAACGGAUCAACCCGUGGGCAGAGAAAGUUAAGGUGCCUGAUAUGGCUGAGAUCCAGUCCCGACUGGCGUACGUGUCGUGUGUCCGGCAACUGGAGCUGGUCAAAAAGAGUGGCUACUGCGAGUACAUUCGGCCGCCCAUCGACCGCUUCAAGACUUUGGACUUUGGCAAAUUUGAUGAGAUCUAUGACAUUGGCUACCAACACGGGAAGCUGUUGUUUACUGGCUGGGCACGUGGUGACAUCAUAGAGAACAUGCUGAAAGACCACCGCUCGGCCGACUACACCGACAGCAAGAAGGCCGACAGCUACACAUGUCCCGGUGCAGACUUCACCGAUCUGGCUGAAAUCGUGUCCAGGAUUGAGCCCGUGCAGAGCUACAUCGGCGCUGAUGCAGAGGAGUCAGAUGGACUGACAGAGUAUGAGGAAGAUGGAAUGGACACGGUGAGAGAAGAGGAAGGUGAGGAAGAGGAGGAGGAAGCUGAUGACCCUGAAGACCAGUCACCUGGAGAAUGGGGACCAAAUGAUAUUUUUCUGUCUGAUGAAGAGAAAUCGGUCCGUCAGCGGAGAAAGAACCCCAGCGAGUCCAACACGUGCUCCGAGCUCUCCGACUGCUGACCAGAAGUGACGUGGCAUCAUCAUCCUUUUCCAAGUAUGGAAGAGUAGAAUCGUCCCUCCACGUAUCCGUCUGAGGAAGAGGAGUCAAGGAGGAAGACGGACAACCAAAGAUAACUGCUCAAAAAUACAGUGGUACCACUGAAGCCACCACGAGAAAAAACGGUGGCUCGAGCUGCACUAGUUGUGUGAGAUGGAAAAAACAAGCAAAGGAAAAAAAAACAUCACAGUAAGCAUCAUGGGAGUUGAGUGUUAAAGGGCUCUAACUCUCUGUUCUAUCAUUUUUUUUGCUUGUUUUUUUCCCUUUAAGACACUCUAGCUCAGAAUAAUGGCCAGUAUAAACUGUGUGACAUCAUCCCAGGAUAUCUGAUAACAGUGCCAGAGAACUGGAAGUGUCAUGACAGGUGUGUGUGUGUGUGUGUGUGUGUGUGUGUGUGUGUGUGUGUGUGUGUGUGUGUGUGUGGUGAAGAGCUCACAGAGGUAAGAAACACUCAGAGCUUCUAGAAGUAACUACAUUACAGAGAAGAGAGGGAGAGAGAGACAUGAAGAGAGAUACAAAGAAUAUAGAGAGAAGUGAGAGAGAAUUACAGAGAAGAGAGAGAGACAGAGCUUAGAAAUGAAGUGGUGGAGUAAAGAGGAGACCGGAAUGUACUGAACUAACAUAGAAAGACGGCUUUAAAAGUGCACUCGGUAAGAAUAAGGUUCACUAAACUGAGACGUUUUAGCGGAUUCGUUGUAUUUUAUAAGCCACAAGUAUUAUUAACACCUAAAACGUAAUCAACAACAUUAACAAUGAGCCACAUAAGUAACACCUUUAAUGACGAACGUCUUGUAUGUGACAAAAAUCACCCAAAAUUUAGGAAUGUUUGGAGUUAAUUAAUAUGUAAUAAUUGGACAGUCAAUAUAGUGAACAUUUAAACCAGCUUUUUAUGGCUAUAAGGCAAGACACUACAGGUGAAUAGGGUGAAAAUUUCAAACAAUAGAUAUCACAGUCAGUUUUUACCAGUUAAUACUCUUACUUUUUUUUCUAUCGGAAUUUUAUUUUUCUUUUAAAUUUGACAAAGAUUUAUGCAAAGUGCCUAAAUGGGUUGUAAUAUGCAUAUAUUUGCAUACGUUUGCAUACUUAAUGAUGUAAUCUUGGUAGAACUAAUAUAUUUAUUUCACAGUGAAGAUGCUCUUAAGAGAAAAACUUUGAAUGUUUCAUCAAAAAAUGUAUAUAAACUGCACAGAAAUAGAAAUAUACAUCUAAAAAUGUAGUCUAGCACGACACUGUGACAUUUAUUUCCCUGAAGUGUCUCGCCUUAAUAAGGGAACGUUUAAUAUUAAUACAUCGUAAAGCGUCAAAGUGAAACCGGACUUAAUGUCUGCAGGUAUUUAGGUAUUUAUUUUAGGAUCUUAGUGUACUUUUGAAGCAGGAAAAGAACAGGAAGUGAGAAACGGAGCGUGCGAAGCCACGUGAAGCGACGUGACGUGAGCUGCGGGAUUAUUUGUGUUUACCGAGGAAAUGAAAAUAGUCUAAGAGUGAAUAUGAGCUGCUUUUCUUUUCUUUUCUUCUCUUCAAUUCUUGCACAUUAUUAUCCAUGCAAUAUUGUCAGCACAUCCUGCUGAUCCUUCAGUAGUUCAAAAUUUCCUGUUAGUUUCACUCAGAGAAUAUUCACUCUCGCUCAUUUUAUCUCACUCCAGAUUCAAAGGUUGUUUUUUUUUGCAUUUCAAUUUUAUCUGUUAAAACCACUUAAUAUUUUUUAUUUUUGUUUUAUAACAAACUUUUUUGAAAAAACAAAACAAAAAAACAAAACAAAACAAAAAACCAUUGCAACAGAACGAAAUGUAGACAAAUCCUUCUAUGAUCUAGUUUCUUUAUGUAGACGGCUUUAGCUUUUUCGCACUGAUUAAUAUGAAUAAUUUAUUCAUUUGAAACUUUCUGCAUUACUAUUUAAACAAAUGUAACGGAUGACUCGAACACUGCUAAAGAAUAAAUCCUAAUUCAUUCUAAA